CUCCCCAUCCCGCCGCCGAUGCCCCUCUGUGCUCGCGCGCUCUGCUUAAUGGUGCUCGCGCCCUCCAAUCCGGCGCCCGCCUGCCGCGGCUCGACAGCGUUCCGCCCCCACGGGGCCCACCACCUCCUCCUCCCCCACGUCGGCCGCCUCCUCGCCUGCCGCGCGCCGCCCCUGCCCCGCACCACCGCCCGCCUCCGCCCGCUCCGGAUGUCGGCCUCCAACCACUCCGGCGCCGGCGCCAGCUCCCCCUCCGCCCCCUCGCCGCCCCCGGCCCUCGCGGCCGCCACUGCCACACCAGCCGCCGCCGCCGCCGUAGCCCCGACCAUGUCGUCUUUGUCCUUCCCCGUCCCUGCUGUCGAUGGUGAGGAUGACGAUGAGAACGUCGACGAGUUCAACGGCUUCGACGCACUGAGCGAGUAUGAUGCCAGCGUGACGGAGAUCGACGAGGAGGAUGAAAAGGCCCUCGCUGCAUUCAUGUCCAAGGAAACCUCCUCCAAACGAUCGCUUGGUGAUAUCAUCCUCCAGAAGAUCAGAGAGAAGGACGCCACUGUCUCAACAUGCUUUCUCCAUGAUUAAUAUAAAUUAUGCAAGGAUCAGAGGAUAUGUUGAUGCUACUACCAAUCAUUGUUGGUGAAAGAAAUGUCAUUUGAGAAAUCUCGGCCCAUUGUUCUUCUUAAUGAAGAUUCUUACCAACUUUAUCCUUUCCUGUGUCUCAAAACUGUCAACCUAGCUCAUAGAACGAUCUUUUUUUAGGAUGCAUGGUUUUUUUUCUGGUUAUUAUACAUUACAACGAGUUCAUUGUAUUCAGAUUCCUUACAACUUCAUGCACCUGAGCUAUUUGCAGGAGGGGAGCUGGCCUUCUUCACGUCUCGGGGGAGUGUCUUCCUUGGAUUCAACAAGAAGGGGACCCGGCCUUCUUCAUGUCUCGUGCAACAAGGGUGAUCGACGCGGACUACCACAGCCCGGUGGGUGUCGUGCUCUUCAACCACUAGGAGGCGGACUUCGCCUUGAAGCCCGGAGACGGUGUCGUGCAGAUGACCAUCCAGGUGAUUGCGAAUUGCGACACCGGAGGUCGCCGAAGUGGAGGACCUCGACGCCACCGUCCGGCGGGAGGGAGGGUUCGGGUCCACCGGUAGUUGAACUCCGAGUCUUGGUAGAUACAUCUAGACAAGUGGUCUGGUUGUUUGCGUUUGGUGUUAAAUGGGAUCUCGUGAACUCUACUGAGUUGAGAUGUUGAAUGUUGCGUCCAUGAACGCUGCAAGUGCUAAGAUUGGUUCUGUGAUCUUAGUUUAUUUUGCAUUGGACAUGUCUAGAUUUCCAUCCACGAAUACAGCAUCUGACUUUUA